AUGGCACCAAAAAGAGGCGAGAAAAGAACGAAGCGUAAACUCAUCGAGUUCACCGUCCCAGGCUACACGUUCCUAGGUCCAGGCACAGACCUUAAAAGAUUAAAAUACUCGCCUGGCGUAAAUAAGUUAGAUCAAGCGGCAAAGGAACACGAUUUGAAUUACGCAAAUCCGAACAUAUCGACUGAGGAAGCAGAUGAACAAUUCCUCAGAGACACCAAGGGAACCGGAUUCGUUGGCGGGCUUGCGCGAGCAGCAAUUAAGGCUAAGAGGGCAUUUGGACUGGACGACUACUUCAGAGGCGAUAUCGACAGCUACCAACUCGAUAGUACUGAUAGUGUUGGUGAUACUUGUCUUCUACAAGACCUGGACACUGGUGAAAGCGGUCAGCAGAAUUCGUCGGACGGCGGAGACGAUAACGGAUGGACAGCCACGGUCAAUAGGACAAGUGCUGCCAGGACCGAGCAGUAA